GCUGCGUCACUGAGCUCUUGCGGCAGCCGCAGCCUGGAAGAGGCUGAGGAGAACCUCGCCGCCGCCCCACCUUCUAGUCUUGCGCACAAACCCCGAGGCUGUCGCCGCCAUGGAUUACGGGGAAGAAAUGGACCGUGACUAUGGGCAUGGUGCCUAUGGUGGCCCAAGAGCUAUGGACUCUUAUAUGAACCAAUCAUAUGGAAUGGAAAGUCAUGGAGGCGGUGGAGGAGGUGGUGGUGGUAACAGGUUUGGACCUUAUGAGUCUUAUGACUCCGGGUCUUCUCUGGGUGGGCGAGAUCUGUACAGAUCUGGCUAUGGUUAUAAUGAACCCGAACAAAGCCGCUUCGGAGGUAGUUAUGGUGGUCGAUUUGACAGCAACUACCGGAAUAGCCUUGACUCUUUCGGAGGUAGAAACCAGGGCGGGUCUAGCUGGGAAGCACCUUACUCACGCUCAAAAUUGAGGCCUGGGUUUAUGGAGGACAGAGGAAGAGAGACUUACUCUUCCUACAGCAGUUUUUCUUCACCCCAUAUGAAGCCUGCACCUGUAGGCUCUCGGGGGAGAGGAACGCCUGCUUACCCUGACAGUGGAUUUGGAAGCAGAAACUAUGAUGCUUUUGGAGGACCAUCAACAGGCAGAGGCCGUGGCCGAGGAUACAUGGGAGACUUUGGAGGCAUGCAUAGACCUGGAAUUGUGGUAGACUAUCAUAACAAACCCAGUUCUGCAGCAGUAGCUGCACGAGGAAUAAAGAGAAAAAUGAUACAGCAGCCGUAUAAUAAACCAGGUGGGACAUUUAUCAAGAAACCCAAACUGACAAAACCUAAUGUGAAGAUGAACCAAAACAAACCUAACGCAAGGACGCCAAGCAAGGAAACUACUGCAGAGGGUAAUGAAGCUGAAGCAGGUGACACAAUUACGGAUGAAGACUUUACAAAAGAUGCCUAUGAUGGCAUCUAUCAUGCCUUCGAAGGUGUUAAGCCAGAAGUGAAAAAUGAAGAGGAAGAAAAACGUCGAAUUGAGGCAAGAAGAGAGAAGCAAAGACGUAGGAGGGAGAAAAACAGUGAAAAGUAUGGUGAUGGUUACAGAAUGGCAUUCACCUGCUCAUUCUGUAAGUUUCGAACAUUUGAAGAAAAAGACAUUGAAGCUCAUCUGGAAAGUCCUGUUCAUCAGGAAACUUUAGAUCAUAUUCAGAAACAAACGAAAUUUGACAAAGUUGUGAUGGAGUUUCUGCAUGAAUGUAUGGUGAAUAAAUUCAAGAAGACUGCUAUGCGUAAGCAGCAGACCACCAGCCAAAUGGAAGCUGCCCAGAUUACUGAAAAAGAUGUAAUGGAAGGUGUCACAGCUGAUGACCAUAUGAUGAAAGUUGAGACUGUUCUCUGUUCUGCAUGCAGUGUGUAUGUUCCUGCACUACACAGUUCUGUUCAGCAGCACUUAAAGUCUCCUGAGCAUACAAAGGGAAAGCAGACUUACAAAGAACAAAUUAAAAGAGAGAGUGUACUAACUGCUACCAGCAUUUUGAAUAACCCAAUUGUGAAGGCACGGUACGAGCGCUAUGUCAAGGGUGAAAAUCCAUUUGAGGUUACUGAUCAAAAUCCAGAGCAGCAAGGAGAAGAAGAUGACAAGGCAAAUGAACCUGCUGAAGAAGAGGAAGAGGAGGCAGAAGCUGAGGAGGAGGAGGAAGCAGAAGGUGAAGAACAAACUGACUUCACUCUUGACCAAACAGAGGAUAGUUAAACACAAGGAGUUUUACAUAAGCAGAGGAAAAUGCUGCUUUUCUUUUCUGUUAACAUGGCUAAAUGUAAAAUUCCUAAUAGUUACAAAUGAGGCUCAUAUUAUCAUCCCCUAUCUUGUGCAUGCAUUCCAUUUAAAUUUAAAAUACGUUUUAUGUAAUCUCUUUUCACCUUUGCUUAAAAUGAAGGUUAAUCCAUUUUUAGUUCAGCUUUUAUAGUAACCCAGCUGUUAGAAUUGAUAUAAUACUGUACUAUGUAUGUUUUUAAACAUUAGUUUUCUUCUCUUGAUGUUGAGAAUUGGAUAUAAAUAAGUAGAAAGUUUAAAUCAUUUCAACACAAAGAUAUUUCAAGUAAAUGCAGUGUAUUUAGUUCUAGAAUGCAUAAACUUAAAAUUAUGUUGUGAGUGUGCCUGUCUUUUGGACUGCGUCACUCAUUGUAAAAUACAUGUUAUGCUAUACCUUGUAGUUUUUUUGGUGAUAAAAUGUACUUGUUUGUAGCAAUAAAACAUUUUAGGAA